GUCGCUGCUAGGCAACGACGCGCAGCGCAUCGCUUCGCACAGUCGGCUCCACUGCUUUGGCCCCGCAUAAGGUGACGACACCACACGAUGUCCCUGGACUGGUGCACCACGGGCGCCCUGGUGGUUCUGGCGGCGUGGCUGCUGUGGAAGUACCUGUCGUGGAACUACAGCUACUGGCAGACACUGGGAGUCCCCUGCCCGGUGCCUUCCGUGCCGUUUGGGAACAUGAAAGACGCCAUACUAGGCAAGAAACAUGUUUCAGAGGCCGUCAGAGACAUCUAUUGCCAGAUGGAAGGUGUGCCGUUCUGCGGCUUCUACCGCUUCCGGGAGCCGAUGCUGCUGGUGAGGGAUGCCGACCUGGUGAGGACGAUGCUCGUCAGGGACUUCCCGUCCUUCCACGACAACAACGUGCAGACCAACGAAGACGUCGACCCCAUAUUCGCCAGGAACCCGUUCGUGCUUAAGGGCGAGAAAUGGAGAAAGCUGAGGUCACAGCUAAGCCCGUCCUUCACAGCGAGCCGCCUGAAGCCGAUGUUCCUCUUGAUGAAGGAAGUGUGUGACGAUCUGGUGCGGACCCUGCAGAAGGAGGGAGCCAGCGCCGGCAAAGAUGGUAUGGAAGCAAGAGAAGUGUGCUUGCGGUAUAUGACGGACGUGGUGGCCUCCUGCGCGCUGGGGAUCAAAGGAGACGCCCUGGAGGACCCGAAGGCGCAAAUGCUGCAGCUGUUCCGCAAGCUUUUCCAGCCCGGCUUCGUGACCUUCCUCAAGUUCAUGUUCAUCACAACAUUCCCGUCCUUGGCCAUUAUGCUACGCCUCAGGCUGAUGCCCGAGGACCUCGAAAAGUUCCUGAAAACUGUGGUGACCCAGACGGUGGCCCGCCGCCAGCACGAGGGUGUCUACCGCAACGACUACCUGCAGAUGCUGGUGGAGCUCAAGACCAAGGGAUACCUGGACGGCGCGGGGCAGGUACUCGCCGACAGGAGCUUCUUCACGGACGUGGAUAUAGCGGCGCAGGUGAUGACGUUCAUGACUGACGGCAUCCACACGAGCGCCACGGCCAUGUCGUUCACGCUGUACCAGCUGGCGCUCAACCCGGACAUCCAGCAGCGGCUGCGCCAGGAGCUGCGCGAGGCGGUGGGCAGACACGGCGGCCAGCUGGGGUACGACGCCAUCCACGACUGCACCUACCUCGACAUGGUGGUCUCAGAGACGCUGCGGGUGCACCCUCCGGCCGGCACGCUGGAGAAGACGUGCACGGCCGCCUACCCGCUGACGACCGCCUCCGGCCGCCCCUUCACGCUGCAGACCGGCUCCCUGCUGGUCGUCUCCAUCCUCGGCCUCCACCUGGACCCGCUAUACUUCCCACACCCGGAGCGCUUCGACCCCGAGCGCUUCAGUCCGGACAACAAGGACCGCACCGCGCUCAAGGCUUACAUGCCGUUCGGUCUUGGGCCGCGGUCCUGCAUAGGUCAGAGAUUCGCGCUGUCUCAGGUGAAAAUGGGUGUCGCCGCUGUUGUUUUGAACCUCGAUGUCUCGCGAACUCCGCGCACGUCCGACCCCAUCGAGAUGGACCCGAAGUUCAUACUCAACAAUUCCAAGGAUGGACUCUGGCUCUCCUUCAAGCCCCUCGCCUGAUACAGGACAAAAAACUGAAGGAAGAAAAGUAAAAGAAAGGUCAUUUUAGA